UGCACUUUGGCAACCUUGACUGAUCCUUCCUGCAUGUCGGUGUUUGAGAGGAAGCCCUCUGCACUGUGUUUAUCUUCAACAAGCUUCAUUAAUACAUUAUUAACACCAUUUGGCCCAACAAAAGCGAAGAAAUGAUCUUAAAUAGAUCGGAUAUUGUCUGAUCUCCAAUUUAGACAGUCUUUCCUGAUCAUUUGUUGUGACAGGAAUAAGGUAAAAAUCCGUGUUAUGGGAGCUAAAGGGACGCCAGGCAGAUGGACCGUCAGAAUAAAAUGCUGUUGCGUUUUUACAACUUUAAUUAAACACUGAUAUCAGGUUUGGUCUGAAUCUGCACCAUGCCGGGGAAGCUGAAGGCGAAGAUCAUAGCGGGCCGACACCUGCCUGUCAUGGACCGCGCCAGCGACCUCACCGAUGCCUUCGUGGAGGUGAAGUUUGGAAACAUGACUUUUAAAACAGACGUGUGUCCGAAGUCACUAAAUCCUCAGUGGAAUUCCGAGUGGUUUAAGUUUGAGGUGGAUGAUGAGGAUUUGCAGGACGAGCCGUUACAGAUCACAGUUCUGGAUCAUGACACGUACAGUGCGAACGACGCCAUCGGGAAGGUGUACAUCGACAUCGACCCGCUGCUCUGCAGUGAAGCCGCCACCGUCAUCUCCGGCUGGUUUCCCAUCUACGACACCAUUCACGGUAUACGAGGAGAGAUCAACGUGCUGGUUAAAGUGGACCUCUUUAACGACCUGAACCGUUUCAGACAGUCUUCCUGCGGAGUCAAGUUCUUCUGUACCACGUCCGUCCCGCGAUGCUACCGCGCUGUGAUGGUCCACGGCUUCGUGGAGGAGCUGGUAGUCAACGAGGACCCCGAGUACCAGUGGAUCGACCGCAUACGAACCCCACGAGCGUCCAACGAGGCCCGGCAGAGACUCAUCUCUCUCAUGUCAGGUGAGCUCCAGAGGAAGAUCGGGCUGAAGGUGCUGGAGAUGGGCGGGAACGCCGUGGUUGGCUACCUGCAGUGUUUCGACCUGGAAGGAGAAUCUGGCCUGGUUGUGCGCGCCAUCGGUACCGCCUGCACGCUCGACAAAAUCAGCAACACGCUCGCACCUACGGGGGCCGCAAACCCCUCUAACUCCUCCCCAUCCAAAGAUAUAAAAGACUCUCCGCAGGCUGCUCCUUCUGCUCUUGGAUGUCGCUCCACUCACAGCAGUCCGGUUCACAGCGCGAGCAGCCGCCUGUCUCAGGGCUUCUCCGUUUCCGUGCCGACGCUGCUCUUCGCCGGUAUGAAACACAGACACGGGAGAUCAGAGGGUCCCAGAGCCAGGCAGUGUAGGGCGGUUUUUGGGGAGGAGGCCCCUGGCAUCUCAUUGUGCUCAGGACCCCCCACCCCACUGAGAGCCCAAACCUUCUCUUCCUUCUCCCCUUCCAAGUCCUACAGCCGCCAGUCCUCCUCCUCUGACACUGAGCUGAGCCUCACCCCCAAAACCGCGAGGAUUUGUCUGUCUCCCAGUUCUCCUAUCCUUCACUCUAAAUCUUCACCCAUUCCCACUACCAAAGUCCCAAGGAGUACAACUCCUCCCCCUCUCCAUGUGAGCCAAUCAGACACAGCCAUGCUGAGAAAGAGCGUGUCAUUCAGUGAGGACCUGCUACAGGCGGCCUCCGGUAUGGGCAGCGGAGGCAGUGGCGGGAAGGAGGCGGGGCCUCUUAAAGCACUUCUGAGACAACAGACGCAAACGGCUUUGGAGCAGAGGGAGUUUCCCUUCUUUACACUGACCAGUUUCCCUCCUGGAUUUCUGCUUCAUGUGGGAGGCGUGGUGAGCGCACGCUCAGUCAAGCUUCUGGAUCGAAUCCACAACCCUGAUGAGCCGGAGACGCGAGACGCCUGGUGGGAGGAGAUCCGACAGGAGAUAAAGUCUCAUGCUAAAGCUCUGGGCUGCCAUGCAGUGGUGGGAUACAGCGAGUCCACCAGCAUCUGCGAGGAGGUGUGUAUUCUGUCUGCGUCGGGAACCGCAGCGAUCCUCAGCUCCCGCUUCAUGCAGGAUGGCGCGCUGGACACAGAGCACAGGUUGUCACGGCAACACGGCACAGAGAGGGGCGAGGGUGAGAUGGGUAGUUCAGCCUCGUUAGGGUUUGAAGACGUUGUCCCUCCCGCCUGCGGGUUUUGUCACAUCCCGUAUGAUGAGUUGAACAUGCCGUUUCCGGCUCAGCUCACGUACUGCCACUGCUGCCGCCGCCAUAAAGUCCCCGAUGUGCUCUUCACCACUAUAGACGUGCCACCUGAAGCCCACGUUACCGGCAAAGGCUGCUUUAUACAGGCCAGGCUGUGCCGCACUAAGAAGAAGGCUCAGGGCGAGGGAAACGCCACGUCCAUCAGUAACCUGCUGCCGUUCCUGGAGUACGAGAUGCACACACAGCUGAUGAACAAGCUGAAGCUGCGCAGCAUGAACGCUCUGUUCGGCCUGCACAUCCAGAUCAGCGUGGGAGAGAACAUGCUGCUCGGCCUGGCUUCAGCGACAGGUGUGUAUCUAACAGCGCUCCCGAGUCCAGGAGGAAUCCAGAUUGCAGGAAAGACCCCCAGUGACAUCACAUACGAACAACAUCUCUCAAACAUGCAAAAAAAAAUUAAUGACACUAUCGCCAAAAACAAAGAGCUGUAUGAGAUUAACCCCCCGGAGUUUGUUGAGGAGCUGAUUGGCUCACCGAUUCCUGAGUCCCGGCAGCGGUCACGCCUCUUUCGCUCGCACUCUGAGAGCUCCGAUGAAGUGAUAGAGUUAGACCUGUCUCACGGGAAGAAGGAUGCCUUUGUUCUGGAGAUCGAUGACACAGAUGCUUUUGAAAACAUUCAUUCCCUCCUGACCGACGCCCCGACACCUCCAGGGUUCUACAGCUGCAACACUGAGAUCAUGCCUGGGAUUUAUAACUGGACUUCAGGACUACAGAUGUUUACCUCUGUGAGGGUGUUCCGACUCAGCAACGCAAACCUGACCACUCAGGGCCUGAAUAAGAUCUUCAGUGAUCUGUGUGAGAACCUGCUCAAGAGUUUCUAUUUCAAAUUGCGCUCCAUGGUGCCCUGCUGUCUCUGCCACGUGAACUUCACCGUUGCUGUGCCCGAGGAUGAGCUCAUACAGGUGGCGGUGACCGCAGUGGCCAUGAGCUUUGAUAAGGAUAUGGCGCAGGAGAAUGGCAGACAAAGCAGAGAGAAAACACUCAUCAAAGUUACAGAAAACGAAGAGCAGCUUCAGUUCCCUUUAGAGCUUCCUGCUGAAUCCUCCUCCUCCUCCUCCUCCUCCAACCCUCUGAGCUCUGCCAAAGGUUUGGCCGAGGUUUCCACAGCUCUCCCGAGUGCUCGAGCCCCCUCAGUUGAUUACAGUUCCUUUACAGACAGAUGCAGUUCCUGGAUAGAGCAGCUUAGACUGAAAGCUCACACCAUAAGACGAGGAUCAAUUAAAACAAUGUCCUCCCUGGAGAAGACCAGUCCGUUGCCAGAAGGUCGUUCUCGCUCUCUCAGGUCGACUCGUUCUUACCCCGGAGGUUCCGUCACUGUGGUUAAAAUGACGCCACUUUCUUUUAUUCCUGGAACCAAAAUAAUAAAAUACCUCGGCAUCAUCAACAUGUUCUUCAUCAGAGAGACAUCCUCACUGCGAGAGGAGGGUGGUGUGAGUGGGUUCCUGCACUCGUUUAUAGCUGAGGUGUUUGCGAUGGUCCGCGCGCACGUCGCUGCUCUGGGGGGAAACGCUGUGGUCUCCUACAGCAUGAAGGAGUGUGUGUUUAUGGAGAAUCCUAACAAGAAUCAGGCUCAGUGCCUUAUCAACGUGAGUGGAGACGCUGUGAUUUUCAUCCGAGAGUCUGAACUCGAGGCCACGCCCCCACAGCCACAAAUGUCCUGCGGUGGAGAGGGGACGUAAACACACACACACACACACGCACAUAUACACGUUUUAUUUAUUGUAACAAGCCAAGAAGCGAGUUCCAAAGAAAAUGUGAGCCAAACGCGUGUUGAGAUUUACAGCCGAUCCGCAGCGUGAACACAGACGAGCCGAAAAUAAAUUCAAGUUUUUAUCCAUGACGUAACAAGGUGGAAAACUUCCGUCCAUCUGUUGGCCAUUUUGUACACAUUCCAAUCGCCCUGAGGAAGCCGAGGCAGCUAUAAGCUAAACUGGUGUUGUGUGUGUGUUUGUGUUUGUGUGUAAAAGAAUGUCUAACAGUGUCAACACUGAGCGCCAUGUUUUAUUCCUCGCCUACUUCCUGUUUGCUGUAUCAUUAUUAAAGGGGCAGUUUGUAAGGUUUAGCGCCCCCCCCCUCCCCGUCAGGCUAACUGCAACUGCUAUCAUGAACAGACAAGCUAAUUUCUUCCACCUGUUUGAAUAUCAGUUACAUGUUAGCUUCUUUCAGGGCCAGAAAUAUAUAUUCAAAAGCUUGAAAUGUAAACUAAUAUGAAUUGCAUUGCCUAAAUAUUGCAACUCCUGAAAUAUUUUUGAAGUGUCUUUUUAAAAUUAUUUUUAUUAUUGCGCAUAUAGAAACAUUUCCAUAGAAUCUUUUAUAGGGGAAACUGUGUGAUUCAGGCAGGGGCGGAGCUUAUUUUAUAUAUAUAUAUAUAUAUAUAUAUAUUUAUAUAUAUAUAUAUAUAUAUAUAUAUAUAUAUAUAUAUAUAUAUAUAUAUAUAUAUAUACACACACACACACACACACACACACACAUCAGGGCCAGAAAAAUAUCAAAUAUAUACAAAAUCUUGAAAUGAAAACAAUAAAAUGAAGAUCAUGGAAAUAUUUAAUAAUUCAGUUUAUUAUAACUGCACAUUAAGGAACAUUUUCAUAGAACAUUUUUUAGAGUAAAACUGCAGCAGUGUUUCAGCUGGAGGCGGAGCUUAUUUCAGGGCCAGAAAAAUGUACAAUUCGUACAGAAGCCUAAAUGAAAACGAUUAUCACCUGAAUAUUGCAAUAUUGCAAUUUUUCGUGCACAUGUAGGAACACUCGCAUAGCACCUUUUAUUAAAAAAAAGAAUAAUAAUAAAAAUUCUGGGGGCGGGGCUUAUUUCUGGGCAGGGAAAAUGUAUACAAAAGACUGGACCGAAAACAAUGAGAAGAAUUAAACCCCCACUAAUAUUGCAGCUCCUUUAACUGUUUAGCGGACACUUGAUGAACAAUGAAUUAUCAUGAAAGGUGGAGCUUAUUUCAGGGCUGGAAAACUGUAAAUUUCAUACAAAAGCGUAAAAGGAAAAGUUGAAUCACAUCGCCUAAAUAUUGCUAUAUUGCAGUUUUUUAGUGGUAUAUUUAAAAUAUUUACUAUUGCACAUGUAGAAACUCCCAUAACGCAUUUUAUUAAAAAAAAAAAGUAUCUUCUGGGGGCGGGACUUAUUUCAGGGCCAGAAAAAUGUAUACAAAAGACUGGAACGAAAACAGUGAGAUGAUUUGCACGGUACGCCUUUUAAACCUUACAGACUGCACCUUUAACGUCUCCUGUACGAACCACGUACUACUGAUCUGAUCAUAUUUUGAUCUUUUUUUUCUCUUUCUUUACAAAAAUGCUGGAAUUCUUUUUUUAUUAUUAUUUUAUUACAGUUCUAUAGUCCAUUUUUUUUCCCUGCAUGUGCAAUGCCAGCUUCACCUUUCAAUCCUGUGAUGGUGGAGUGAAAGGAAGCCAAAAGCAGACGCCCAGAGAAGACUUGAAUGUACAGGAAUGGGGGGGGGGGGGGGCGCUGAUGUAAUCAGAUGGACAGCGUGAUGAAUCCUCUUCUGAUUUUAUUAUUAUUUUUAAUUUUUUAUUUUUUAGAUUUCUACAGCGCAUGUGUGUGUGAGGACAAAUCCAAACAAAUGCUGCACGAUAAUUAAAUUAUCCAUGUUUAACAAC